GCGGUCAGGAACCUGCACUGAGCAUGCUCGCUGCAGAUGCUGCCUGUAGAUGGAGAAGAGGCGAGAGAGAACGGCGGAGUCACACACGCAGUGCUGGGAUGCUGUUGCAGCUCUGAGUAAAAGGGCUGCAUGGGAACAUUUGUCAUUGACAACACAGAUGGAGUGUGAAGGGGGAAUACAAACUAUUUGGAUAUCAGAUUGUCGUCACCAAAGAGGAAAAGGAGGGGGACUUGGACGGGGUAGAGAUGUAUGCCUUCUAUUCCCUCUUAGUCUACAUUUUCUACACUGUCUUUAAGAAGGAGGAGGAGGAUGAAGCUUUGGAGGGGGCGCAGGGAUCUUCCUCAGACGAGCAAAUACCUGUUUCCAUGGAAACAGGGGGCAGAAGGAAAAAUGGCCACACCUCCAAAAUGGGAAAAAAGGCCUGUGUUCAGCUUGGUGAAUCCAGCAGUAGCAGUGACAGCGAUGACAUGUCUCUGAGUGAUGAAGGAGAGGAAGACGGCCCGGACAUCUCAGCGUGCACUCCUCUGGCAGCAUUUCUGUCCUUCAAACAGGAGGCCGAGAAGAGGAGGGCCUCCCAAGUUCACCCAGAAACAACGGGAAAGUUGACAGAAUCUCCCCUGGUGGCGGUGAUGUCCCACUUGCUGAGUUUUCUGGAGCAGUACUCCCACUUUCAGCAGCUGCAGCAGCAGGUCGACCAGUACCGGGUGCAGCUGAAGAGACACCGCGUGCAGCACCGCCGCCAGAUGAAAGCUCUGCGAGUGUCAUACCGCCAGCGCCUCCGGGACAAGAGCAGCAUCAUCAGCAGCCUGGAGGAGGCCUUCAGCCAGCAACCGGCACCCGGUGCGCUGAGCGAGGGGGAGUCCAGCAGUGAUGCAGGGGCACAAGCGGGGGUUCACAGGCUGGUUGAGUCUCUGUACGGUCUACAGGGGGAAAAGAGUAAGCUGAGAGGGGAACUCCGUCUGCUGCACUCACAGCUGGAGCUGAAGGAAAAGGACAGACACUCCCGUGUGCAGGCCUUUCAACUGCAGAUCGACAAGCUCAAGAGUUGCAUAGAGGAGCGCGAGGAGGAGCUGUCAAGACUGAGAACAUCCACCGGGGCAACGGACUCAGAGAAGCGGGUUCUGUGUCUGUCAGCUGAGAACGAGAGUCUGAAGCAGAACCUGAGCGUAACUCAAGGGCUCCUCCAGCAGCUGUCCACCAUCCCCUCUCAGUCCAGCACCAUGCUCAUCAAGGAGAAUGAAAACCUCCGCAGCAGGGUGCAGCAGCUGGAGAUGUCUCUGCAGCAGCGUGCUGAGCAGCUGUCCCACCUGGAGCGGCAGAGCGAACAGAGCGAGUGGAGGAGAGGAGAAGAGCUGAGGAAACGAGAGGACCGAGUGAGGGAGCUUCAGCUGGAGUUGAACACGGAGCGAGGCAAGGAGCCGGUGGUGAAGUAUGUCACCCAGACUGUAGAGGUGGAAUCCCCGGCCUCAUUAAAGCAGCUGACCAAAGCCAGACAGAGGAACGAGCUGCUGUCCAGUAAGCUGUCCAAUCAGACUGAGCGGUGCAAACAGCUGGAAGAACACAUCAAGAAGUCCGAUGAAUACAGCUGUAAUCUGCAGCACAAGAUUGCGGCGUAUGAACAAGAAAUCAGUAAACUGAGAGAGGAGCUGCUGAGAGAGAUUGGCCACUUGGAGGAGAAAAAGGAGGAAGCGGUGAGGGCUGCAGCCACCUGCUCAGCCGACCACUUUCAAAACUUGCAGGACCAGUUUUUUGGCUUGCAGAAGCGUCUGACCGCACUCCCUCCGACGUUACGCUCCAUGAAGACGGACUACACCAGUCUGAGAAGCCAGGUUCGAAACUUCUCCGACUUUUACGGAGCAGCUAUCAGUGAAGCAAAAAAACAGAUUUCAGCCGCUAUUAGCGAGAUGUCUGAGGCCAACAAAGACCUCCUGGAGAAAUACAGGAAGGAGGUCGCACUGCGCAGGAAGUACCACGAGCAGCUGGUGGAGCUCAAGGGCAACAUCCGCGUGCUGUGUCGCGUGAAGCCUGUGCUGAAGGAGGACCAGCGCGAGGACGCCCAGUCGGUGGUGGUGACAACGGACCACAACAACGAGUCCUCCCUCAACGUGCUGAACAAAGGAAAGAGUCGCAUUUUUGAACUGGACAAGGUCUUCCACCAUCAGGCCACGCAGGAAGAGGUCUUCCAGGAGAUUGAGCCUCUUGUGACGUCCUGCAUCGACGGCUACCAUGUCUGCAUUUUUGCCUACGGACAAACUGGCUCUGGAAAAACCCACACAAUGGAGGGCAGUGUUGAGAACCCAGGCAUCAAUCAGCGAGCCCUGAAACAUCUCUUCAGUGAGAUCGAGGAGAGGAAGGACAUGUGGUCUUACACGGUCACGGUCAGCUCUGUGGAGAUCUACAACGAGGUGCUCAGAGACCUGCUGAGUAAGGACGGAGAUAAACUGGACAUUAAGAUCAACCCGGAUGGAACGGGACAGCUGCAUGUGCCGGGCCUCAGGGUCAUCGAAGUUAAGAGCUUUCAGCACAUCAAGAAGAUUUUGGCGACAGCACGAAGGAACAGGAUUACCUUCGCCACUCAGAUGAACCAGCAUAGCUCCCGCUCGCAUGCUCUGCUCUGCAUCACCGUUCAGGGAACUGACCUCGCCACCGGCUCCAAAACCACCGGCAAGUUGAACCUGGUGGACCUGGCUGGCUCGGAGAGGGUAUGGAAGUCUGGUGCAGAGGGGGAGAGGCUGAAAGAGGCCCAGAAUAUCAACCGCUCACUCCUGUCGCUGGGGGACGUUAUACAGGCACUGAGAGCCCGGCAGACUCAUAUCCCCUUCAGGAACUCCCGUCUCACGUACUUAUUGCAAGACUCCCUGGGCAAAGGCAGCAAGACUGUCAUGGUGGUGCAGGUGUCGGCUCUGGAGAGUAAUGUGGGAGAGACGUUGUGCUCUCUGAAGUUUGCCCAGAGGGUUUGCAAGGUGGAACUGGGUCCUGCGGCCAGGAAGAUAGAAUCUGGUGGAGGACAGUGCGACUGAGAGCAUCGAAGCAGGCCCUUCCUUUUCCCCAUUGACCAGGUAGCCAUGAAUGCACCUGACCAAUCAAAACGCUACAGCAUCAACAGGAAUCCUGCUCAGGGGCUCAACCUUUUGAGGUUUGGUGAGGAGGCCUCCUCGUUGCCAUUUUCUGCUUCUGACAAGUGAUAACCCUUUAGGAUUAGCUAAUCUGCAUGCAGAAGCAUUGAUUCUUCUACUCUUAAUUUGCCAAAACAACCUCCAACUCAUACGCCGUAUUUUGAGAAGAUUUGACACUUCCUUGAAAUGCAAUUUUGUUUUGUUAAAUACAGAAUGUAUCUUAUCAGCUUUUCUUUCUGAUUAUACAAUUAUUAAGAGCAUCAUGUUCAAACUGCUUCAACUAAUGUCUAAAGGCACAAUAUGUUUGUUUUUACAGUAUUAAUCAUCUUGUCUGUACUUCGUAAGCUUCAUAUCCAAUGUUGUAUAUUUUUGGAGAUUGUAGUGUGUAGGAGUGUCUGUUUUGCAGUCAGGUAUUGACUUAAUCAUUUAAACCACAUUUAAGUCACAUAUGUGUCGUUUUGGUGAAUUUAAGAUGAGCAGUGUUUGUUUCUCUUGAGUAUUGAUAGUUUGCCUUUUAAGAACAAAGCAAAGCAUUUGAAGAAGCAGCUGGCCUGGUGUGAUUCAUCGGUAAUAUAACGAACUGUGCCACACUCUUAUCGAGAGGACAGUUUGGGCCUAACAUAGGCUGAUGAUGCACUUUAUUGUGAAAGAA